AUGCGUGCAGUACCAACAUGCCCAAAAGGAGAACAUUACACGCGAAACGAUCCGGAAUGCCGUAGAACCUGUGCAAACCGUAAGGCCGUGAACGACGGUCUGUGCAAGCCGUACACAGGUUGUGUCUGCAACCCCAACCUUGUUAGACUGAACAAUGAUGGUACUGGACCCUGUGUUUCUGGGAAACUGUGCGCUUCUGAUACUGAACCUAUUGGAAAUCCAGAGGAUCAAGUUUAUACAGCUAAGGCAGAUGCUAUUGGUUAUGCCAUAGCUACUAAAGAAUAUUCAAUAUCAGAUCCAGCAUCAAAUUCAUCUGCUCAUUUUAGUUCUAGAUCAUCUUCUAUCUCUUCUUCAUCGUCUUCUUACACAUCUGUUAUAAGUCAUCGUAGAGGCAACAGAUGCAGAGAUCGUAAUGCAAUAUUCAAAAGCUGCCCAAAUCCAUGUCCGUUGACAUGUGCAUCACCAAAUCCUAAACCUUGUGCCAGAAUGUGUGUAAAAGAUGGCUGCGAAUGUAGAAAAGGAUUUGUUCUCAAUGAAAUUGAUGGGAAAUGUGUUAGACCUUGGAAUUGUCCAGAAGCAAAACGUUGCCCAAAAAAUGCGCGGUACGUUGUAAAAGAUACAACUUGCCAAAGAACCUGUGGAAAUAGACUGUUACCCGGGCAGGAUCCUGCUGCUACUUGCGAACCAUUCACAGGCUGUGUUUGCAAGCCUGGUUUUGCCAGAAAGUUUGACAAUGUUACUGGAGAUUGCAUACCUGAAACAACAUGCCCGUUGAUACCCUCUUCAUGUGGUCGUAAUGAAGAGCCAACUAGUUGCCGAAUAGUAUGCCCUCCACAAUCCUGCGAGAGUAUCUACUCUUCAUAUUAUUGUCCACCAACGGAAUGCGAACCAGGUUGCGACUGUAUCCAGGGACAUUUACGAAGUUAUAAUGACGAGUGCGUGCCUGCUGAUGAUUGUUUCGAUGAAAAACCUGUGUGUGGAGAAAAUGAAGUGGAAACUGACUGCGAGAUCCGUUGCCCCCCUGAGUCAUGUGAAAGUCUGUACACUACAUACAUGUGCAUAGAAACAAAUUGUACAGCGGGGUGUAAAUGUAUCGAAGGUUAUCUUAGAAAUAGUCUUGGUAUAUGCAUACCGAGUGAUCAAUGUGGUACAGAUCCAGCGGCGUGCAAAGAUCUCAACGCAACGAAAGUGGAAUGUGACACUGCUUGUCCAGCCACUUGUGCUGAUCCCGAACCAGAGGCCUGUGUCGACGUGUGUGUGCUGAAUGGUUGUCAGUGCAAACCAGGGUACAUUCUGUCUGAACGAGGUGGAGUUUGUAUUGAACCUAAAGAUUGCCAGUCACCCGUUUGUGGAGCUAACCAAACAUACGUUGACUGCAAAUAUGGAUGUUCAGAAUACUGCCCUAUCAGUGAUAGUCGGGCACAGGUUGCGUGUUCUAUAGCAGCUCCUUGUCCAAGCGGCUGUGCAUGUAAGCCUGGCUACUUGAAGUUGAGCUACAACAACCCAAUAUGCGUCAACGCUUCGGAUUGUCCUGCCGUUAAUUGUAAUAGAAAGAACGAAGUUCUUAAACGGAAUCCGAAAGAAUGUUUCUCUGAAAGAUGUGAAGAUAGAGGCAAACCAUGUGAUCCUGAUUACCCAGCCACACCGAGAUGUGUUUGUAAAGAAGGUUUCUUUAGGAAUGAAGAUGAUGAGUGUAUUCCUGCUUCAGAAUGUCCAAACACAAGCUGCAAUGGCGAUGAGAACGCCAUCUUUAGUGAUUGUCCAAGCUCUUGUCAAGCAACUUGUGAUAAGCCUAAUACAAACCAACCUUGCAACAAAAUGUGCAUGCCGCCCGGCUGUGUGUGUAAACCAGGAUUUAUAAAGAUUGAAAAAGAUGGCAAAUGUAUCGACCCCAAAAAGUGCCCAGCGAAUCUUGGGUGCAAUGGAGAUUUGAAUGCUACAUACAGUGAUUGCACUAGUAGGUGUCCAGCUAAAUGUGCUGAUCUGGGUAAGGAAGAUGCUAUAUUAUGUCCUGCCGUAUGCGGGCCAGGCGGCUGUGUCUGCAAAGAAGGAUAUAUUCUGAAUGAUAAAGGAAAAUGUGUGAAGCCUGAAGAUUGUCCAGCCACUGUACCAGUAGAUCGAGGAUGUAAUGGUGAUUUGAACGCUACAUCCAGUGACUGUCCUAGUGCCUGUCCAGCUACUUGUGCCAAUCGGAAUAAAAAACAAAAAAAUAACGUCUGUAUUGCUGUAUGUCGGCCAGGCGGUUGUGUGUGUAAACCAGGGUUUAUUCUCACUGAAAUAAAUGGUACAUGUGUCGCCCCAGACGACUGUCCAGUUCAACCACCAACUUGUGGAGUUAACCAAACAUACGUAGAUUGCAACGUGAGUUGCAGAGAUACCUGCCCUACUACUGACAGUCGAGCACAGGUAGCUUGUUCUAUAGCAGCACCUUGUCCUAGCGGUUGUGCAUGUAAGCCUGGCUACUUGAAGUUGAGCUACGAAAAUCCAAUAUGCGUCAACGCUUCUGAUUGUCCUCCCGUUAAUUGUACUAGACCAAAUGAAGUUCUAAAACGGAAUCCGAAAGAAUGUUUCUCUGAAAGGUGCGAAGAUAGAGGCAAACCGUGUGAUCCUGUUUACCCAGCUACACCAAGAUGUGUUUGCAAAGAAGGUUUCUUUAGAAACGAAGAUGAUGAGUGUAUUCCUGCUUCAGAAUGUGGCAAGCCACGCUGCAAAGAUCCCAAUGCAGUCUUCAAAAGUUGUACACGUGCUUGUGAACCAACUUGCUCUAACCCGGACACUAACCGAGCCUGUAUAGAUGUGUGUAAACCUCCUGGCUGUGUUUGCAAACCAGGAUUUGUUCUUUCUGAAAAAGAAGGAAAAUGUGUUGAACCUGAAAGCUGUCCAGCUAAGCCCUGCAAAGAUCCCAAUGCAGUCUUCAAAACCUGUACAAGUGCUUGUGAACCAACUUGUACUUACCCGAACACUAACCGAGCCUGUAUAGCUAUGUGCAAACCUCCUGGCUGUGUUUGCAAAACAGGAUUUGUUCUCUCUGAAACAGAAGGGAAAUGUGUUAAACCUGAAAAAUGUCCAGCACUGGGUUGUAAAGGCGAUAAAAACGCCACAUUAGUUAACUGUCCCAACGCUUGUCCAUUGACUUGUGCAGAUAAUGGUAUUGCCAAAACUUGUGUUGCCAUCUGCCUUCCAAGUGACUGUCAGUGCAAUGAUGGAUAUGUCCUGACUGAGAGAGGUGGUAAAUGUAUUAAACAGGAGGACUGUCCAGUACAACCAAGUUGCAAGGCCAACGAAGUCUUCAGUGAUUGUCCGAGCCCGUGUCAACCAACUUGUGCAAAUCCUAACACUAACCAACCGUGUAUUAAAAAGUGUAUGCCACCCGGCUGUGUGUGUAAACCUGGAUUUGUUAGAAGUAAAGAAAACGGAGAAUGCAUUGAGCUACAAAACUGUCCAGUACUGGGUUGUAAAGGCGAUAGAAACGCUACAUUUGUGGAGUGUCCCAGCGCUUGUCCAUUGACUUGUGCAGACAAGGGGAUUUUCAAACCUUGUGUUGCUGCAUGUCUUCCAAGUGACUGUCAGUGUAACGAUGGAUAUGUCCUGACUGAGAGAGGAGGCAAAUGUAUCAAACAGGAGGACUGUCCAGCUGAGCCUCAAUGUAACGGAGAUCGCAAUGCUACAUCUCAGGCGUGUCCGAGCCCAUGCCAGGUGACUUGCGACCAACCUGAACUUAGAGGCGCCUGCACUGCCAUGUGUGUCAAAGAAGGUUGUGUGUGUAAAGAUGGAUACAUUCGGAACAAUACUGGUGGGGUGUGUAUCCAGCCUGAAGACUGUCCAGGUGGAUCACCAACUUGUGGAGCAAACAAAACCUAUGUAAGAUGCAAUGCAGGCUGUCCAAAUAAUGUCUGUCCUAAAGACGACAGCCUUGCUAUAGUCGCUUGCGACCCUCCAUACCCAUGUCCUGGGGGUUGUGGAUGCAAACCAGGUUAUUGGAGACUCAGUGAGGAAAAUGACACCUGUGUCUUGGGAGCAGACUGUCCACCCAUAGUUUGCACGAGACCAAACGAGAUGUAUAACCCGAACCCACCAGAUUGCUUACAAGACAGAUGUGACAACAGAAACACUCCUUGCGAUUUCCCGUACCCCAAGCGACCAAGCUGUGUCUGCAUAGAUGGUUACUUCAGGAACAGUGAGGGUAUUUGUGUACCAGAAUGGGAAUGCCCUGUGCUAGAAUGCGGUUACAACGAGAUAGAAGUACCCUGCCACCAAAAAUGUCCACCACAGAGCUGCGAGAUCGCGUACACAGAGUACAUUUGUACCAAAGAAUCUCAGUUAUGCGUCCCAGGGUGUGACUGUCUUCCUGACCACCUUAGGAACGCUAGCGGCAUCUGCAUUCCGAAUGUGGAAUGUCCUUAUCCUGCACCUCCCGUUUGCGGAGAAAAUGAAAUAGCUAGGGACUGCAGACGGAUUUGCCCGCCUCAGUCUUGUCUGAGCAAGUACGUGCUGUAUCGUUGCUUCGAAGACUUACCCUGCGAACCUGGAUGUGAUUGUAUCGAGAAUUAUUUGAGGAAUAAAGAUGGAGUGUGUGUACCGAGUGAGGAAUGUCCUGCGCCUUGUCACAAACGUGAAGAAUGCAAGCCGACCUGUGCUAAUCCGAACCCGCCAAAUUGUGAAUAUUCUCCACCGAAGGAAAAUAUCGACGGCUGUGACUGCAAAAUAGGAUUUGUGCUGUCAGAAAUAGGAGGCAAAUGUAUCCCUAUUGAGGAAUGUCCAAAAGAUUUAGGCUGCAACGGUGAUGCAAACGCAACUAUAAAGCAAUGCCCUAUGCCUUGUCCUGCUAGAUGUGACUCGCCAAAUGCAAUUCCGUGCAAGAGAAAAUGUGAUGCCAUCGGGUGUCAAUGCAAACCUGGUUAUUUAAUAUCUAAUGUGACUGGCAAAUGUAUCCUACCUAACGAGUGUCCAGGUGGAAACCCUUGCGGUAAAAAUGGUCGCUUCGUUGACUGCAAGUUUAACUGUACAAGGGACUACUGCCCAGUUGAUGACAAACCAAGAGUGUCAUGCAACACUUCAGCAAACUCCUGUCUCCCUGGUUGCAUCUGCAAUUUGAACCACAAGAGGCUAAGCGUUGACAAUGAUACUUGCAUUGUUGCAUCUGAUUGUCCUCCCAUAAACUGCACAAGACCUGGUGAAGAAUAUAACUCAUGUCCUUCACCGUGUCGCAAGGAAAGUUGCAAAGACAUCCGCAACCAGCCAACAGUCUGCAAUACUUUAUUAUUGAACUGCGAACCUGAUUGUAUCUGCAAGAAGGACUACUUCAGAAAUUCGUCUGGAAUUUGUAUACCUGCUAAGGAUUGUCCGAACUUGUCGUUGAAAACAAACCUGGGUGGACUCCGUCAGCGACCACUGUUACAGGCACCUUUUGCAACGACAAACUACAGACGUAACACUUUUCUACUAAGGGCAGCUCGGAGCUUUAACGCAAUACCACUAGAUUUGAAUAUAGAUCUGUUUAGCACAAGUGCAGGCACAGCAAGGCGUUUACUGGCCAAAUCUUUUUUCGAUGCGUAAAAUAUUAUGUUAUUAUCUAUUGUAUGCGAUUGAGUCUUAUUGUAUGUUAGCUUGCCUAUAUGUGGGGGCUUGUUAUUAGCAAUGUGUUAAACUAUUGUUACCAUCUUGUCGUGUUAUUAGCCUGUAAACCUUCCUAGAAUAAAUAAAUAAAUAAA